UCAUGAUUUAAUUGGAAAAGAGAGUUGACAUGAAACACCCUUUUCCAUGUAAAAACAAUGAAGUACAUCUUGUCAAGGAUAGGGCAAGAGGUUUUUAUUCCUUGCCAUGCUGGAUAUGUCCUUUCUGCAUAUAUAUAAUCAUUUCCAUUUUUGCCAGAGGCUGCUCCAUCAAAGCACAAUUUCAUCUAUUUUUAUUCAAUGCAGAAGAAGCAGCAAUGUCAAAGCUCUGUGACUUGCAAAUCCACAUUAAUGACGAGGAAACAUUCCUUUUGAAUGAGAAAUUAAUAUCAAAAUACUGUGGAAGAGUGAAGAUAUUGUUGAAUCAAGAAAAGAGAAGAUGUCAUAUCAAGAAGAUGAGUAUUGAAAUCAAUGAUUUCCCUGGAGGGCCAGAUGGGUUUGAGCUGGUUCUGAGAUUCUGUUACAACAAUGGCAAAAUCCUCAUAACUACAUCCAAUGUGCUUAUCCUCCAUUGUUGUGCCCUCUAUCUUGAAAUGACUGAGAAGGUGUUUAUUAACAAUCUCUUGAAACAAGCAGAAACAUUUCUUGAGGGAAUCAAUUAUUGGACAUGGAAUGAAACACUUGUAAGCCUUAAGAGUUGUGAGCUAUUUUAUACAUAUUUGGAAAGGUGUGGUUUCCUGGAGAGUAUCAUUUGUGCAAUUUCAGCAAAGAUGGCUCAAAAUUCUGAUGUAAACCUCCUCACUUCCUCAUCUUCCUCUCCCCAAUCUUCACCUGAAAGCAAUUGUGCAAAGAGAUUAAUUUCUUCAACCCAACUUACUCCCAAGAUGAUCAAGUCAAGUUUUCCAAGCAAAGCAUGGUGGUUUGAUGAUUUUGCUACUUUACCCCCAAAGAUCAUUGAGAAGUUUGUUAAGUGUAAUGGGGCCUACCUUACAGAUAACAAAAAUUUGCUUCUCACAAGGUUUCUGCUUCAUUAUCUGAAAACAGUUACUCCAAAAAGAGAGGUUAGUGAGUAUACUGGUCUUGCAGAAACAGCUGCUUAUGGGGUCAUAUUUGUUAGCAAUAAGAUUAAGCCUUUCUCUUGCAGAGGAAUUUUUUGGGUAUUGAGGAUUGUAUCAAGGUUUGGGAUAAGUGAAGAGUGCAGAAUGGAAAUGGAGAAAUUGAUUGGUGGGAUUCUUGAGCAAGCAACUUUGGAUGAUGUUCUGGUUUCUGGGCAUCAUAUGGGACUUUACUAUGAUGUAACUUUUGUGAUAAGAUUGAUUGAAGUGUUUGUUGAUAUAAAUGGCUCUAAUGUGCAGAAACUGAAAAAGGUUGGUCGACUAAUUGACAAGUAUUUGACCGAGAUAUCCCCUGAUCAGAACCUCAAGAUAUCUACAUUCCUAGGAGCUGCAGAAAGUUUGCCUGAUUCUGCCAGGGAUUGCUUUGAUGGGGUCUACAGAGCCAUUGACAUCUAUCUUGAGUCUCGUCCAGUGAUCUCAUUUGAAGAGGGGUCAAAGUUGUGCAUAUGUCUUAAUUACAAUAAACUCAGCUUUGAAGCUUGCAAGGAUCUAGCCAAGAACCCCAGAAUACCUCCAAGGAUUGCAAUGCAGGCUCUUAUUUGCCAACAAAAGAAUAUUCCACUUUGUGACUUUGGAAUUGAAGGAAGUGAAAUCAUGAGCCCUUCCCAAAUCAUUUUGUAUGAUGAAGACAACACAGACAGUUUCUUGGAAGAGAAAGAAGAUAUAAAACUAAAUCUGGAGAGAAUGCAAUGGAGAGUGAGCGAAUUGGAGAAAUUGUGCACCGAAAUGAAGGUUCAGAUGUUAAGGUUCACUCGCCAAAAUGUAUAGAUCCUGAUUUAGCAGUCUAAUCAAUAUCAAAAGAUACAUUGAUAUUUCUUUGUAUUGUAAAAAUGUGUAAUUUUAUUUUAGGCUUAAGUGCGAUCUAGAUCUCUGAUCUAACACGAUUAUGUAGAAGUAGUCUUUAAAUCGUGUGGUUAACAAGCACGGUGGAGGUGGCGGUGGCACACGAUGGUGAUUGGAGCAGCAACGAUGCCACACGGUAGGUGAACAUAUGUUGACAAUGGUGGCCAAGAACAGAACAAUGGUCACUAGGGUUCCACUUGGAGCCAUGACCAAGAACGAAGGUCGUAAUAAGAACAGCUAGGGUUUUGAGCACCGAAGUAGAGCCCCUAGAAUCGGGAAUC